AUGGCUUGGUCGAUGUCGACUCUAGUCCGGCUUGUUGCCCUGGCUGCUGGGGGUGUUAUGGGAGCGCAGUUGACGGCUGUGACUUAUCCUAAUAAUGCUACUAGUAAGCCGCAGAUGCACGUCUACGUCCCUGACAAGCCCUGGUCCGGUCAGGGAAAAGGACCGCUGGUUGUCGCGAUCCACUCCUGCCAGAGCUCCGGGCCGAGUUAUUUUAAUAAUGCAAAGAUCCCUUGGAGGCAGGGGAGUGACAGGAAGGGCUGGGAUGUGAGCUCGAAGAGAUCCUUGGUCAGGAACGGAGGUGGUGACAGCCACGCGAUUGCAAACAUGAUCCUCUACGCCAUCGAAAAGUACAACAUUGACAAGGAAAAUGUUUUUGUCACGGGGGGUUCGUCGGGGGGGAUGAUGAGCAAUGUCAUGGCGGCUGCGUAUCCUGAUUUGAUCAGGGCUGUUUCGCUUUAUAGCGGGGUGCCGGCGGGUUGUUUUGUUAGUAGUGGAGGGGGGGUGGCGCAGUGGAAUAAUAGUUGUAGUGGGGGGCAGAGUAGAGCUUCUGCUGAGCAGUGGGGGAAUGUGGUGAGAGCAAUGUACCCAGGGUAUACCGGUCCUAGACCCAGGAUGCAGGUCUGGCAUGGCAGUGCGGAUGGGACUCUGAGCCCGAACAACUACCAGGAGACGAUCAAGCAGUGGACGAAUGUGUUUGGGUUGAGCCAGACGCCGACGAGCACGGUGCAGAAUUUCCCGGAGAGGAACUACAGCACGGAGAACUAUGGGACGGAGGGGAUGUUGCAGGGGAUUUGGGCGCAGGGGGUGGGGCAUAGUGUUCCGAGUAAUUUGACGGCUAGUGAGCAGUGGUUUGGGAUUUAG